AUGUCCCACAUUCAAGAAACUCAUGAUCAACAACAUGAACCAACUAACAUCCGAAGACUCCAGUUCCCACUGGACCCGAACUCAUAUAAAAUCCUCGACGAGAUCGGCGUCGGCGUCAGCGCCGUCGUCUACAAGGCCCUCUGCCUGCCGCUGAACUCCGCCGUCGUCGCCAUCAAAUCGAUAGACCUCGACCAAUCCCGCGCCGACUUCGACAACGUCCGACGAGAAGCCAAGUUCAUGUCCCUCCUCUCCCACCCCAACGUCCUCAACGCCCACUGCUCCUUCACUGUCGACCGCCGCCUCUGGGUCGUCAUGCCUUUCAUGUCCGCCGGCUCCUUGCAGUCCAUCAUCUCCUCUUCCUUCCCCGACGGCCUCUCCGAGCCAUGCAUCGCCGUUGUCCUCCGAGAAACCCUAAACGCAUUGUCGUAUCUCCACGAUCAAGGCUACCUCCACCGCGACAUCAAGGCCGGGAACAUCCUCAUCGACUCCAACGGCUCCGUUAAGCUCGCCGAUUUCGGCGUCUCCGCGUCGAUACACGAGUCCAACUCCUCCCGAGGAUGGUGCUCUCCGUCGUCCUCGGUCUUCACCGACGUCGUGGGGACGCCUUACUGGAUGGCCCCGGAGGUCAUACACUCCCACAACGGGUACGGCACCAAGGCUGAUAUUUGGUCGUUUGGGAUUACUGCGUUGGAAUUAGCCCAUGGAAGGCCUCCACUCUCUCACCUUCCUUUAUCCAAGUCUCUGGUUCUGAAGAUCACCAAGCGGUUUCGAUUUUCGGAUUACGAAAAGAACAAGAACGAGAAGAACAAGAGAUUCUCGAAGUAUUUUAAGGAAAUGGUCGGAUUGUGUCUCAACCAAGAUCCCUCCAAGAGGCUAACUGCUGAGAAAUUGUUGAAGCACUCGUUCUUCAGGAACUGCAAUAAGGGUUUGGACUUUUUGGUGAAGAACGUUUUGCAUGGAUUACCUAGUGUGGAGGACAGGUUUAGGAUUAUCAAGAGUCCUACUUUGAGUGUUGUGCCUGUGGUUAACAAGAGUAUUGGUGAUGAGGAUGGUGAAGAUGAGGAAAUGGAGGACUCAAAUGAGAAAAGGAGAAGGAUUAGUGGGUGGAACUUCAACGAGGAUGGGUUCAAGCUCGACCCGGUGUUUCCGACCGACUCCGAAGAUGAUUCCGUCGUGAAACAGGUCCGGUUCGGUGGUGAAACCAUUAUUCAAAACAAGGGAGUUGGGGAGGAGACUCGUGCAGUGAGUCUUGUUCAAGAGAGGGGUGGUGAGUCAGGCGAGUCAACGCCGGGUGAGUUGGGCGAGUCUAGCCCAAGUUCACCGGGUCAAGGACGGACGAGUGGUGGUAUUAUUGAUAGGGACAUUGUGAUGCAGGAUUUGAUAUUUUUGAAAAGGAACUUGGAGGAUGAGAGGCAGACCUUAAUGCAGGUGUUUAGGCUGUUGGAAGCGGAGGAGGCGGUGGAGGCGACAAGGGAGGAGUACUUGGAGCGGAUGGUGGAGAGGCUGAGGUCAGAGCUAGAGAGUGAGAAGAAGAGGAACUUGGAGUUGGAGUUGGAGGUGGAGUUUCUCAAAAUGCAGAUUCAAUGUGAUAAUUAA